UAUUUCUAUUUAUUUCUUUGCAUUACCCUCGUCUAAAUUUUAUUCUUAUAAUUUCCCCACUCUUUAUUUUAAUUAUAUUUAUUUUAUUUUUUUAGCAUUUCUGUCACCAUUCAAGCUCGUCAAGUAAAUUAAAAUUAAUUAAAAACAUUUUAAAUAUCAUCCUUCUUUCUCUCUUUUUUCAGUCAUUAAUUAAUAAAUUAGAAUCAAUUCAAUUAAAUCUUCGUUUUGGCCAAUCAAAUAAUUUAAAAUUCCGUAUUGGACCUAUUUUUAAUUCAAAAAAAGAGCCAAUGAAUUUAAGUGCUGGAGAACGGCUUCGAGUUGAAUGGACUGUUGUACCCGUACCUGAAUUUCGUUUAACUGGUCCGAUAAUGCAAAAAAUAGAUUUAGCAUUUGCUUACCAACUUGGAGGAAGAAGAUUAGCCCAAAGACUUAAUUCCCCUUCAAUUAAAAUAUUACCACAACCUUCCCUUCGUUUACUAGCUUUUGGACAACCAACAAUUCCAACUUCUUUACCUGGAUCUCCUCCUUUUAGUUUAAUGCUUUCUGCUAUAAAUUCUGGAUAUUCGACAUUAAAAAUGGUUCAACUUCUUGAACUCCGACCAAAUUUUUCUUUAAUUGGAAACGAAAAUAAACAAUCUUCAAUUGAUUUUAAAAUUGAUGGAAUUAAUUUGGAGGGAAAUGAAGGAAUGGCAGAAUCUCUUUCUUUUGGACAAAUUAAAUCUGGGGAGGCUUCUCAUUUAUUUUUGAAUAUUUCUUUGGAAUAUAAUGGUGAUGGACAAUAUAAAAUUGAAAAAUCAGCACUUUUUCGGAGCUUUUCUUCAGUUGUUUCUAUUGACGGUUCUCUCCUUCCUCCUGGACAAUUUGAACAAAAAUUAUUUUUAAUUCACGAGACUACACAUAGUCAUGCAAUGUUAAUUGUUUCGGAAUAUUCUAACCCCUUUCCUUUAUAUUUAUUUUCCAAAAGACAUAAUUCAUUAACUCCAUUAACUACACUACAAUUAAUUGAAGAAAAAGAAUCUCGUCCACAAAUAAAUGGGCAUUCAUUCCUUACACGUAUUUUCGCUCUCCGUCGUCUUUCGCUAAUUUCAACAUCCCAAGAAGAUGAAAAUUUAAGAUCAAGUGUUGGUGCCAUUUUUGCUUCAGUAAAUGUUGGAACUGCACAGACUUUUGAAAAUGGGGCAAAACUUUUGAGAGUAGCAGAAAUAGGUCCACAGGGAAGAAGGAGACCAAUAAAUAUGAGUUUGGUUUGGAUUGGAAGAAUUAGCAAUGAAAAGACAACCCUAAUUAAUUUCAUUGACUUGCGUGCUUCUCCAGCCAUUCCCCAACUUAUUUAUGAAUUAUUAUUUGGUUUACCCGAACAUUUUAAUUUACCUUUCUUCUCUCAACCAUUUUAUCAAUUAAAUUUGGCUUUACCUGUUAAAACAAAUGGAAAACAAAAAGUUUUGGCUAGAAUGGAAGCUAUAUCUCCAACAAAUAAACAAAUAAAAUAUUCUUUAUUAACCAAAGAAAUGAAUAGUACAUUAAGUAUUGUACCUUCAACAGGUGGUGUUUUUAAGAGGAUUAAAGGGGUUCGGUCUCUUUCUCAUUUUGGAUUUGAAAGAAAUUUAAAUGCUUUCCAGAGAGGACAUUUAUUUCUGUUAAAAACCUCGAUUCAGAAUAUACUUUUUUAUAAAGAAGAGGUGGGUCGGAAUUCCGAUUUCCAACGUUUUUUCCUGCCAAUUUCCGACUUUUGA